AUGUUUCCUGAAUUAGGUUCUCUGAAAGCUUUGACUGAGCUGUUCAUGGAUAGGGUGACCCCACAAACUUAUAACGAGUCACCUAAAGUAGGCCAAACUAGAAUAAAUAGAAGGAACUCUCUAAUCCGUACUAAACUCAGUAGAUCACCAAGACAUAAGCCAUUACAACAAAUUCUAGACUUCUCAUUCAGAGCACUUUUGAAUCUCGAGUGCUUGUCCAUUUGUGGAGUUCAAGCGCUGACAGAACUUCCAGAAUCAAUUGGGUUGCUGGAAUCUUUAGUUGAAUUGAAUAUCUCAGACACAAGAAUUAUAAAGUUGCCUAACUCCAUUAUUCAUCUUAAGAACUUGAAAGUGCUGAAGAUGAACAGAAGUUGCAUAACAAAGCUACCGGCGGCAAUUGGGAUGUUGGAGAAACUGGAAGAGAUUCAUGGAGAGUAUUGUUCGUUAGAAAUGAUUCCCAGUGAUGUUGCAAGACUAUCUUUCUUGAAGAUUUUCAAAUUAACAGAAACUCGUGUGAAGAAAGUACCGGAGCUUCCCCCAAGUUUGAUAAGUCUGUAUGUCUCUUCAACAGUGGAUGUUCUGAACAUGUCGAAUCUAAGAAAUUUGAAAUUGGGUUUUCCCACCUUAACCUCCACCACAGCUUUGGAAACGGAUAUAACUUACCCCCUAUGGUGGAUUGGGAAACUAUUGAGACUGGAGUACUUAAGGUUGGAACUUACAAGCAUCACCAGCAUACCAUCUGAUUUGGAUCACCUCUGUUGUCUGAAAGAACUUCUACUCGUCCGCUGUAAGAGCCUCCAGCACAUUGGACUGCUUCCCUCUAGUUUGAGGAAACUUACAGUUUCCCACUGCAAUGUUCUACAAAGUAUAGAUCUUUCCAACUUGCAUAAAUUGUUGGAGUUAAGUCUCAGUUUUGGGAUUUUCAAUAUUCAAGGCCUUGAAAGUGUAAGAUCAUUACGGUGCCUGAAAGUGUCCUCCUUGGAGUUAAGCGAGCUCAAUGGGCUUGAAAGACUAGAGAAGCUACAGGUGUUGUCGAUUGAUUGUUGCCCCCUCCUGCAGACGUUGCCCAACUUAUCUGACUUAAAAUGUCUGAAGGACAUGUUUCUGUGGAGCUGUCGAAAACUGGUCGAGAUUCAAGGUCUUGACAAACUGGAAUCCCUACAAUGGAUUGCCAUCGGAGGCUGUAGUUCAUUGCAAAGUUUACCUGAUGUAUCGAAUUUGAAGAAGCUGAAGUACUGCAACAUUGAAUGUUGUUCAGAAGGUGAUUUCCCAGGAGAAGCUCAAGACCAUGAUGACCUGUCAUAA